AUGCUUAGGCCUCCCUCCCUCCUCCUCCUCCUCGCUUGCAUCGCCUCGGCUACUCACGCAUACAGAGCUCCCUGUGCCGCUCGACUUGGAAGUCGUCAGGCACUGAGCCCCUCCUCCUGCCCCUCCAGACGUCGCCCCUCCCCUCAUCUCACCUCCCCAGCGCUCGCUGAUUACAUCGCCGCAAGUAAGGGCUACUACAAGCGUCUUCAGAUCCACGACCAGUCGACCAAGAACAAGCUCAAGGGCUUCGCCAUCCUCGCCCACAGGCUCGAAGAGAAGCACGGCGAGGAGAUCAAGCAGGAGGUCGCCAACUUCCUCGUCGAGCAGAUGCUCGUCAACCUCGACUCUCCCGUCUCCGCUACCCUCACCAAGCUCUCCCACUCUGUUGUAUACACAACCGGGAGGGAGAACUCGCCAUGCGCGGAGACGUCUGCGCGCUAG